UUAUUCAACAAAGUUUUUUGACGGCCUAGCGACACGUGAAACUUCCGUUCCUUUUGAUUUCGCCUUUGGCCCUCUUCUCCGUGCCGCUGUGACUUCUAUUCGAAGAGGGAAGAACUUUCCUUGAUUUGCUUCCGCUGACUCCAUUUUCGUGCUGUUAUUCGUUAGUGACCUAUUUGGAGCAGACUUAUUAGCUUAUUUUUAAGGCAGAAUUCUACUAUAAACUGGCUUUUUGAUGCGUAAUGGGUGGUUCUGUAAUAAAACCUGAAGACGUGUUAGAAUCUCUAAUGAAUGAUGGCACUAUAGAUGCAAUCAGACUAAAGAUAAUUAAUCAAUUAAAAGGAAAUGAGGAGCUGAAGAGAAACACAAUCACAAUGGUGGAGCAAAGUAAGGUGCUGAACACUUCAGGCGCCGAGAAGCAGACUAAGAGGGAGCUGUUUGACGCACUCCGUCAAGAACUCGAAACGCCUGUGCUUGAGAAAGCCUCAAAAGCAGUGUGGGAGCUCAUACUGGAUAAUAAUGGCCUUGGAAAAGAGAUCAGCGAGGUGGUCGAGAGAGUCUAUCGUCGCCUAAGCGGCAUUGAGCUGCCCACGCCUCCUCCUUCGGCGGCAGAACCGGUGAACGGCGAUGAAGUAAAGGAAGAGAAUGUGAAGGGUUCGGACGUGGCUGAAUCCUCUGCGAAAAAGCGGACAUUCGGUGAGAUGAAUGCUCAAGAUAUUGCCCAAACUCUCCCUAAUGAAAGUGGUGACAAUCAUCCUAUGGCGUGACUUCGUUUUUCUAUUUGUUUUCUGAUGCAAAUCUUGAUUUGGUUAAUGCAGUGUCAUAAGCUUUUAGGAAAGGCAGUGUAAAGAUAUCUACUUAGCUAUUUCCAACCACAUUGUAGGUAUUUUCUUGAACUGGAUAUCGGUUCAUAUUAACCAAAUCAAAGUCACAUUUGUCAAGGACAUUAACAUUCAUACUGGCCAAUUCCUAUGUACUUAUAUAUCUAACAUCUGAACUUUAUUUUUCUAUAUUUA